GCCGCCUUGGAGUAGAGCCGCCACUCAAAUAUUUGAUUUACUUAUUACUAUUGUUUUUUGUUUGUUAAAAAAAUAAAGCAAAACCUUGUUUGAAGCAAAACACAGUAUGGUUAUGAUGAUUCCCUAAAAUUAAACACACUCUCCAUUAUAUAUCUUUGUGUAUAAAUAUCUGAGUUCCUCCAUAUCCCCUUCUACUCUACCAAAAAAAAUACAUAUUAAAUAGUAUAUCAUUCAUUUUUUCAAAUUAAAUGGGAGAUAGUAAUGUGAAGUUGCCACCUGGAUUUCGAUUUUACCCGACAGAUGAAGAAUUAGUUGUUCAUUUUCUUCAACGCAAAGCUGCUCUUUUACCUUGCCAUCCUGAUGUCAUUCCUGAUCUUAAUCUUUACCCUUAUGAUCCUUGGGACUUAGAUGGAAAAGCAAUGGUAGAAGGAAAUAAAUGGUAUUUCUAUAGCAGGAGAACACAGAGUAGAAUCACUGAAAAUGGAUAUUGGAAAUCAUUAGGAGUUGAUGAACCAAUAUUUUCAACAGGUCACAAUAAUAAUAAUAAUAAUAUUGUUGGUAUGAAGAAAUAUUAUGCUUUUUAUCUAGGUGAGCUACCAGAAGGUGUCAAAACAAAUUGGGUAAUGCAAGAAUUUAGUCUUAAUUCUGAAUCUUCUUCUGGAAGUAGUCGUUCAUCUUCUAAAAGAAGAACCCGUUCCAAAAUUGACUAUAGUGGAUGGGUAAUAUGUCGUGUAUACGAACACAAUUAUGAUAAUGAUGAUGAUAAUAAUGGACCGGAGCUAUCAUGCUUGGAUGAAGUUUUUCUAUCGCUAGAUGAUCUUGAUGAAAUUAGUUUACCGCACUAGAUUAUUAAUUAAUUAAUUGUAUAAUUAGAUCCAAUAAGUUUGGAUCUAAUUACAUUUCUGUUUCCAGCUAGCCAGCCACCCUUUAAUUUCCAUAGUAAAUGAAAACAGUGUAGUAUGUAACAAAAUUAAGAUCAUCAUUAUGCAAUGUUGAUAUAUAUAUCGAAGAAAUUUUUAUUUUCCUUA